AUGAAUGAUCUAAUGACAAGAUCGUUCUUAAGUUAUGUGGAACUGAAGAAACAAGCCCAGAAGGACCUUAAAGCCGAACUUGACAUUGAAUCAGGCCAAGCAAACCCCGCAGAUGAACCAAACCUCUCUCAGUUCUUCCAAGAAGUCAAUGGAAUUAAGACCGAAAUGGAAGAGAUUACCAAUCUCUUGUUUGAUCUUCAAACCCUUAAUGAAGAGUCAAAAUCCACUCACAGUGCCAAAGUUCUUCGUGGCAUAAGAGACCGAAUGGAAUCAGACAUGGUUGCAGUUCUUAGAAAGGCCAAGGCUGUGAAGUCAAGACUAGAAUCACUUGACAGAUCCAAUAUAUCGAAUCGCAAAGUAUCAGAAUUGUACAAAGAAGGGAGUCCCGUUGAUAGGACAAGGAUAUCAGUCGCCAAUGGCUUGAGAGUUAGACUUAGGGAGAUCAUGAAUGAAUUUCAGAUCCUGAGAGAGAAGAUUUUAUCAGAUUACAAAGAUGAUCUGAAAAGAAGAUACUACACUGCGACCGGAGAGGAACCAAGUGAAGAAGUGAUCGAAAAGAUGAUUUCAGGAGGUUGGGGAGUUCAGAUAUUUGAAGGGAAAGGAGUGGUGGACUUGAAGAGUAAAGAGAGGCAGGAGGCUGUGAUGGACCUACAGAGAAGCAUGAAAAGGCUGCAUCAGGUGUUUCUUGACAUGGCUGUUCUUAUUGAAACACAGGGAGAGAAGAUGAAUGAUAUUGAAGAGAAUUUGGCCAAAGCAGGUGGUUUUGUAAGUGGUGGAACUAACAGUCUUUACUAUGCCAAUCAGAUGAAGAAGAAGAGGAAGACAUGGUGUUUAUGGGUUUUCGCUGUGAUGGUGAUCAUAAUUUUGGUUUGCAUUAUAUCAACAUGGGCUUCUUGA